UCUCAGCUGCGCGCGCAAGUGCGCCCCGUUCCGCCGCUGACGCCCGGCUCGCGCCGUGACGCACGCACGCCCGCACGCACGCCCGCCCCCAGGCUCCCGUCCCGUCCCGUCCCGUCCCGCGGGCGUCGGGAGCGCGCGCGCCAGAGAAAGGGGAACGAUGGCGGCUCCGCUGGGCCGCUCCCGAGGCCGCUGACAAGGCGGCGGGGCCGGGGCCGGGCCGGGGCCUGCGCUGCUGCCAGCGCCCGCGGGCCCGAGCGGCGAGGCGAGCCGGGCGGCCAUGGUGAACACCCGGAAGAGCGCGCUGCGCCUCCUGGGCGGAAAGGCGGCCGGGCCCGGGGCCGGAGGGGCCGGCGGGGCGGCCGGCGGCGCAGCCGGGGCCGGAGGCGGGCACUUCAUCUCCUCCCGCACGCGCUCCUCCCGGAGCCGCGCGGCCGGGGCCAAGGCGGGCCCGGGGGCGGCGACCGGAGACGGGGACCUGGACGACGCCCGGAAUGCUGACGCCGAUGGCAGCUUGAGUGACAGCCACAUAUCCCCACCAGCCAAGCGCACUCUGAAGCUCGCCGAUGCUCUCUGCAAGGACAAAUCCAAGCCGCGAAGUCCCGGCCCGCGCGAGGAAUGGAGCCUCGCGGCUGGCCAGUCCAGGUUAACUUCUCAGCCAGGUGCCGCGAUACCCAACGGCCAUAGCAGCUUAUCUCUUCGAAGCCAUCCUCUGCGAGGGGAGAAGAAAGGAGACGGGGACCACUCCUGCAUGAACGGGGACAUGGAAGUCAGGAAAAGCUGUCGAUCCAGGAAGAACCGAUUUGAGAGCGUCAAUCAGAGCUUGUUGUUUGACCAGCUUGUCAACAGCACUGCCGAGGCGGUCCUGCAGGAAAUGGACAACAUCAACAUCCGGAGGAACAGGCGGUCCGGCGAGGUGGAGAGGCUCCGGAUGUGGACCGACACCGAGUUUGAAAACAUGGACAUGUAUUCAAGAGUAAAGCGGCGGAGGAAGUCCCUGAGGAGGAACAGCUAUGGGAUCCAGAACCAUCACGAGGUGUCGACUGAGGGCGAAGAGGAAGAGUCUCAGGAGGAGGACGGCGACAUGGAGGUGGAGGAGGCUGAAGGGGAGGAGAACGAUCGCCCCUACAACCUGAGGCAGCGCAAGACCGUGGAGAGAUACCAGGCUCCGCCCAUAGUGCCCGUUCAUCAGAAGAAGAGGGAGAACGCCCUGUUUGACAUCCACAGGUCUCCUGCCAGAAGAAGCCAUAUCAGGAGAAAGAAGCACGCCAUCCACAGCAGCGACACGACCUCCUCGGACGAGGAGCGCUUCGAGAGAAGGAAGUCCAAGAGCAUGGCCAGGGCCAGGAACAGGUGUUUGCCAAUGAACUUUAGAGCCGAAGAUUUAGCCAGUGGGAUUCUCCGAGAGCGGGUCAAGGUUGGGGCCAGCCUGGCAGAUGUCGACCCAAUGAUCCUGGACAAAUCGGUGCGUUUUGAUAGUAUUGGAGGGUUGAGCCAUCACAUUUACGCACUCAAAGAAAUGGUCGUGUUUCCACUUCUGUACCCCGAAAUCUUUGAAAAAUUCAAAAUCCAGCCUCCCAGGGGCUGCUUGUUCUAUGGUCCCCCCGGCACUGGUAAGACCUUGGUAGCCAGAGCGCUGGCCAAUGAGUGCAGCCAGGGGGACAAGAAGGUGGCCUUCUUCAUGCGCAAAGGAGCCGACUGUCUGAGCAAGUGGGUCGGGGAGUCUGAGCGGCAGCUUCGCCUGCUCUUUGACCAGGCUUACUUGAUGAGACCCUCAAUCAUAUUUUUUGAUGAGAUCGAUGGGCUGGCUCCAGUGCGCUCAAGCCGACAAGACCAGAUCCACAGCUCCAUCGUGUCCACCCUCCUCGCUCUCAUGGAUGGACUGGACAACAGGGGCGAAAUUGUCGUUAUUGGUGCUACCAACAGACUGGACUCCAUCGACCCCGCGCUCAGGAGACCUGGCCGCUUUGACCGGGAGUUUCUUUUUAACCUGCCUGAUCAAAAGGCCCGGAAGCACAUUCUGCAGAUCCACACCCGGGACUGGAGCCCUAGACUGUCGGACCUCUUCCUUGGUGAACUGGCUGAGAAAUGUGUUGGCUACUGUGGCGCGGACAUCAAGGCCCUGUGCACGGAGGCUGCCCUGCUCGCCCUGCGUAGGCGCUACCCGCAGAUCUACGCCAGCAGCCACAAGCUGCAGCUGGACGUGUCCUCCAUCGUGCUGAGCGCGCAGGACUUCCACCACGCCAUGCAGAACAUCGUGCCUGCCUCCCAGCGCGCCGUCACCUCCUCGGGCCAUGCUCUGUCACCCAUCAUCAGGCCCCUCCUGGAGAGGAGCUUCAACCACAUCCUCUCUGUGCUGCACAGAGUGUUUCCCCACGCCGAGACCGGCCAGGGGGACCGACGAGAAGACGUGCAGAGCCUCCUCCUCGAGGACAGUGACGAUGAGAACGCUUUGUCGAUAUUCGAGAGCGGCUGCCCCUCCGGCUCACCAAAGAAACCGUCCCCCGCUGCUGCCCCCAAGCCCUACCUGCAUUUCAGCACGUCAGCCUCUCAGCAGCCCACAUCCUACAGGCCCCGCUUGCUGCUCUCUGGAGAGAGGGGCUCGGGGCAGACCUCGCACCUGGCUCCUGCCCUGCUGCACACCCUGGAGAAGUUCUCGGUGCACAGACUCGACCUCCCCGCGCUCUAUUCAGUCAGUGCCAAAACACCUGAGGAAUCCUGUGCCCAGAUUUUCCGGGAAGCACGGAGAACGGUCCCCAGCAUUGUUUACAUGCCCCACAUCGGCGACUGGUGGGAAGCCGUCAGCGAGACUGUGCGUGCAACCUUUCUGACCCUCCUGCAGGACAUACCAUCCUUCUCCCCUAUAUUUCUCCUGUCUACCUCUGAGACCAUGUACAGUGAACUGCCGGAGGAGGUUAAAUGUAUAUUUCGGAUCCAGUAUGAAGAGGUCCUGUAUAUUCAGAGGCCCGUCGAAGAAGAUAGACUCAAGUUUUUUCAGGAGUUGAUUCUCACCCAGGCAUCAAUGCCUCCGCCAAGAAGGAAAAAAGCUGCUCUGUACGCCAUGGAGGUGCUGCCUCUGGCGCUGCCUUCUCCUUCCCGCCAGUUGUCGGAAUCGGAAAAAACCCGCAUGGAGGACCAGGAGGAGAACACCUUGCGAGAGCUGAGGCUGUUUCUCAGGGACGUGACCAAGCGGCUGGCCACAGACAAGCGCUUUAGCAUCUUCAGCAAACCGGUGGAUAUUGAAGAGGUGUCCGAUUAUCUGGAGGUGAUCAAGGAGCCCAUGGAUCUAUCCACUGUCAUCACAAGAAUUGACAAACACAGCUAUUUAACUGCUAAGGAUUUCCUGAACGACAUCGAUCUCAUUUGUAACAACGCGCUAGAGUACAACCCAGAUAAAGACCCUGGAGACAAGAUCAUCAGGCACCGAGCCUGCACCCUGAAGGACACGGCCCAUGCCAUCAUCGCCGCCGAGCUCGACCCGGAGUUCAACAAGCUCUGUGAGGAGAUCAAGGAGUCCCGGAGGAAACGAGGCUUGCCGGUCACUGCGGAGCAAGUCAGCCCCCCCGGCUCUGUGGCGCGCAGGGUGGAAACCAGAGCGGAGGAUGCACUGCGCAAGCAGAGACACCCCAUGGACGGCUGGCCCCACGCCGCGAACAAAUGUGCCUUUCGAGUGCGGCGGAAGUCUCGGCGGCGCUCGCAGUGGGGCAAGGGCAUCAUCAAGAAGAGGAAGGCCAACAAUCUGAAGAAGGAUGAGGAUGACGGCAAGUUCACCGACUAUGACGGCCCGGCCGUGCGUGGGAAGCUGCUCGAGAACGGCGAGUUCGAAGUCAGCCCAGACGGCCCCGAGAACGGAGAGGAGACGGGUGACCUCUCCAUGACCAACGACGAGUCCUCCUGCGACGUCAUGGACCUGGAGCCGGAGCCCCGGCUGGACAACGGCCCACGUGCCUCCACCGAGGAGGAGAGCUCCAACGAGUCCCUACCGGCCAACAGCAGCGCGCCCGGCCUGGGGCCCCAGGGCGAGGCCCUCCCCGGCGCGGGCAGCUGCCUCAAUGGCGAAGCCGCCAUCGACGGCCCAGAGAGCCCCCGGGGCCCGGCCGCCGCCGCCUCCCCACGAGAGCCGCGGGGCCCUCUGGAGGAUCGGCCGAAGGAGGCGGCUGAGGCGUCCCGGGAGGAGUCCGCCAACGAUGCCGAGAAGCGCCCCCCGAGCCUUGGCGAGGAGAGGGCCGAUCCCGGCACAGAUCCCGAGGGGAAAGAGGCCGAGCUUGACAAAGAAGGUGCUGCUCGGGGCAAGAGAUGCCGGAAGCUCAUCCUGGAGCCAUCCCGCGCGGCCAGCUUGGACCUGGUGCCGGAGGAGCCCCUGGAUCCCGUGCCCCCCCUUAUUGUGGACCACGAGCGGCUGAAGAAACUGCUGGAUCUGCUGGUCAAGAGGAGCAAUAACUUGGCCGUGGACCAGCUAGAGAGGCUAUACUCACUGCUCAGCCAGUGCAUCUACCGCCACCGCCAGGACUACGACAAGUCCCUGCUCGUGGAGGAGAUGGAAAGAACCGUCCGCCUGUUUGAGACGUUCCUCUGAGCCCGCCGCCCGCUCUCCUCUGCUCCCCCCACGCUGCUUGUGAGGGCGGGCGGGCGGGCGGGCAGCCUUCUCUGAGCCAUUCACUUUGUGAUUGCACCAAGCCUGCGCGGGGCCCCGGCCCGGGCCGGAGCACGCCGCCCUCUCCCCCUGUUGCAUUUGGUGCUAUUGUCUCAGGUACCUGAAACCAGCCAGCCUACAAGAACCAAACCGAACUUCAGGCACAUGUUGUAUUUUCCAGACGCAGAAUACAGCAUCACCGCGUGGAGAUUUUGGUGCUACAGAAAUUGUGCCCCCUGCGCCCUGCCCCGCGUGGCGGGCAGACCAGCUGGCGCGAGGCGGCGGGCCGGGGCGGUGCCAGCCACGUGGGGUUCUGGGCACAGUGGGCAGCCGUGGGUCUCGUCUCCCCCUCCCCUUUGUUUCUCUUCCGCACAGUGGCUCCGGUGUGUUCUGGUGGGGCGUGGGAAUGUCCACAGGAGGUGAUGAGAAGAGGGGGCUCUCCUGGACCGCUUUUAAUGUGCCUUUUAAUUCAGUGGAGAAAGAGAAGGCUACGGAGGGGGAUUGGUAGCAGACGAGCCCCUGCGAGAGCCUUGAGGGAACGGGGGUGGGGGUGGGGGGGUGGGCCGACGCGGCACCCUGGGCCCAGUGGAGGAGGCUCCUUGCAGAGCCACCCGAUUGACCAAAAUGGCGAGCCCUCUUUCCCAGAGGGUCUCUUUCUUUUUUAGAAAUGUCCCGUUGGGGAAAAAAGCAAAACGAAACCCUUUUCCGCACUCCCUGCUGACCACGAUGACCGGAAGGUCGUCGGCUCGGGCUCCCCCUGUUCUCUCUGUGGUGUCUCUGGCAGUUGUCCGAGAUGAGCAAAUUCAGACCCCGUUCCAUCCGAGCCGGGACUCACCGGGUGGACGGAGUGGAGGGUGUGUCGUGAGCAUCAUCCGUGGCUCCGUUUUCCACGCGGCCCGGUUGAGGCACAGACAGUAUUAAUUGGAAAUCAAUUCUCCCAUCUUUUACCCCCUCCAAAAAUAAAAUUGAUUUGGGCCCCUUUUGGAUCGAUCUCGUUCACAAGUCGGUACGGAUCGUAGCUCUCCAGAGGCGCUUCGUGGGUCUGGGAAGCGGCUGGGGCCCAGUGCUCAUCUCCCCGUGCCCAGACUGGCUGCCCAGGGUCACCUCCUCCUCCAUUGGCGCCAUUCACCCCCAGGUGCAUCUUUCCCAUAUAUGCAACAUGUGGUGAGCGUGGGUUUCACGCACGCGGUCGGGCUGGGACGGCUGCGGAGGCGUGGGGCUACCUCAGCUUUUUGUAUUUUACGACCACCAGUGUUUACAGAGCCCGGUGGGCCCCGACCGCCGCGGCCGGGGGCACCCCCCGGAGCCUGGUCUGAGAGCAGCAGAGGAGCAGGCGCGCGCCGCAGGUGUGGAUGGAUGCGGAAGGUGGCUCGUCUGCGCCCCAUUCUCCCCUCUGAAAAUGCCACUUGUUCCCAUGACCCCUCUUCCCAGGAGACUCUAAGACUUUGUAGCAUUCGUCCUGUGUCCGAGCACUGUAUUUUGUAGGUGGGCAAGUGCGAUUAAAAGUCGGCCCUUUGAAGGGGGGGUUCCAGGCUCGCUCCCGUGGGGUUCCCAGGAGACCUGUCACGCUCUCGAGUAUUUCUGACCGUCCCGCCUGUUCCAAACACUUUCUUGUCUAACAUGUUCCCGUUUUGUAUUUUGAUGACAAUUGUUACAGACUUUGGAGAUUUGAUGAAAUAAAAUGUAGCAGAU